UUCGCGCUGCUGGUGAUGCACCCCUGUGGAGGGCAGGACGAAGCCGCGGCCGAGGGCGUUCUGCGGCAGGCGGUCCUGGGGGGCAGCGGCGGGCCCGGUAAGGCCGUUCGGUACCUGUGCGAAGUGGCGGGGGAUGGCGAGGAGGAGGCGGGGGAGGACGAGGCCGACCUGUUGGACACCUCGGACCCCCCGGGAGGAGGCGAGAGCACAGCCAGUUUGGAGGAUCUGGAGGACGAGGAGACCCACUCGGGGGGCGAGGGCGGCGGUGGGGGAGCCCGGAGACGGGGCAGCGGUGGCGGCGGCGGCGGCGGCGGCCUGAGCAAGACAUGCACGUACGAGGGCUGCAGCGAGACCACGAGCCAGGUGGCCAAGCAGCGCAAGCCGUGGAUGUGCAAGAAACACCGCAACAAGAUGUACAAAGACAAGUACAAGAAGAAGAAAAGCGACCAGGCCCUGAACUGCGGUGGGGCCGCCGCGGCUGGCAGCUCAGGAAACGUCAAACUGGAGGAAAGUGCAGACAACAUACUCUCCAUUGUAAAACAAAAAACGGGAUCUUUUGGAGAUCGACCUGCAAGACCUACUCUUUUAGAACAAGUGUUAAAUCAAAAAAGACUGUCAUUACUAAGAAGUCCAGAAGUGGUGCAGUUUUUACAGAAACAGCAGCAGCUAUUAAAUCAGCAAGUUUUGGAACAAAGACAACAGCAGUUUCCAGGAACAUCAGUGUGAGGAAAUUUAUUAAGAAGAUCUACAUGUUUUUUAUCUCAUUGUAGUAGAUGGACAUAUUUUUAUACUACAGAUAAAUGGGGUAAGACAUGCCAGCAGAUGGUAAACAGUUAUUUUCCUGUGAAUGUGUGUGUGUAUUUGGAGACAAAUAAGCAUUGCACAUUGUGCAUCUAGCCCUUUCAGAUCACCAUGGAUUGAAGAAAUCGGCUUAUCUUUCCAGAGUAGCGUUUAAAUAUAACUUUUUUUAAAAAAAAAAAAAACAAAGUGUUUCUCUUCAGUUAUUGUUACUGAGGAUAAUGCAGUAGUUGCUUUCUGUGGAAGUCAUGAAGUUAGUAGAUAUUAAUCUUGGGUCAUCUAACUCAGUGGUUCUCAUCAAGGGGUAAUCCAUGGCAGUCCAAGGGCCAACCAGCCAUCCAGUUGGAAAUGGAUGGGUAUGUUUUGUCACAGUGACCUUGCAAACUUGCUGUUUUUUAGUGAGUGGGCCAGGAAUGCUAAGUGUCUGGAAUGGUCCCCCACAAUUCAGAAUUAUCUUACACUCAGUGCCAAUAACCCUCCUCUUAAGAAACACUGAGGGCUAUUUGUGUUGAUAAAAUGUAGUUAGGGCACCUAGAGUUGGGUUCUCAUAAUAACCUUUUCUUUCCCUUUAAGAGUGGAGCUGUCAAGGUGGUAAGUGUAUUUUUUAUGUGUAAAGAAAAGGAUCAUUAUUAAAUAUCUGAGAGAAUAGGAUGUGCACCUCUUCUCAAAGAUGUGCUGGUGAAACCCAGGGGGGAUUAACUAAGUACCCUGGAAUGAGUGCGCCUCCUAGAGUCGGCCUCUCUGCUUCUAUCAGUGUUCUGUUUUAAAGCAAACAACUCUUGUGUACUGAAUUUGUGAACAGUACAAACGUAUGUCCUCUUACCAGUGUCAGAACAAAACAACUUUUUUAUACUCAUUUCUUUUUCAAAAACAGAUCCCCAAAAUAACACUCCAGAAUUUUUGUCAGUGAUUUUCAAAAUUGAGCUAUUUUAAGAUUGUGUUAUUCCUAGAUAAUGUUCAAGAGUGAUGGGCAAUCUGGAUAGAUACUUUUUUCUUGUACUUUCUCCUAGUAAAACUUUUAAAAGGCAAAACUUACCAAUAAGAGUACCAAAUCAAAUGUCAAGAAAAUAUUUCCAAUGUUAGAAUAAUAAGUGCAUGUGCCUCAAAGUUAAAACUGUGCAGAAAGUUGUUACAAUGUCUUGAGUUUUAAGCUCUGGAAUAUAUAUCAAGUUAAAUUUAGUCAUGGAUGUUCUAAGAUGUCCUUAAGGAGAGAAGGAAUCUUUUUGUUCACUUUUUAUAUCUGUUUUUAUACCUGCAUAUCUGUGCAGAAAUGCUUUUACCAGAAUUACUCAUUAAAGUCAUAAUUGA